GUAUUGAGGCUGAAACUGCCUUCUCCAGCUAUGUUAACAUUAUGACAAUGCUUAAGCACAGGACUUUACCUUUUUUGGAUUCAGUCGACUCUCACACGGUUGGGGUGCACUCGUUUAUGACAAUGAUGUCCUUCCUAGCUCUGGCCCAUUUCUAUCAUUCGAUGUGUUUUGUAAAGUGUUAUUAAAAUCAGCAUGUGAAUGCUAAGUGCUCUAGGGAUUUCUUUUUUAGAUUUAGGAGAAUGGGAUACUUGAAUUCAAUUAUUUGAACGAUAAUAACAUACAUCAAUCAUUCACUCAAAUGAUGGAGAGAAUUUCUUGCGUUCGAUAAACCGGAAGGUAUGAUUUGUAGGUGAUGAAAGUGGGCGUGGAUCUGAGACAUGGUUCAUGGGCCUGUCCAAACAUGUGCUCCUCCAAAUCAACAUCAAGUCUCGAGUUUGCUGAAUUUGUUUGUAUUUGAACAUUUGGGAAUGGGCUGGAAUUUGACGUUAACAAUCACAAGUCUGGUCCAAUGGGAGAUCUCUUUUCAAAAGCGGGGGGAAGCUGCCCGCAACGCAAUCCUUCGUUGUUGGCUCAAGUUCUGCACAGGUUCAGAGCCGUUUAUUGGAGUGAACUAUGGCCAAGUAGCUGACAACUUACCGCCACCAUCAGCCACCGCGAAGCUUCUACAAUCCACGUUGAUAGAGAAGGUUAGGCUAUACGGAGCGGAUCCAGCGAUCAUUACAGCUUUAGCCAACACCGGAAUUGGAAUCGUUAUUGGAGCUGGGAAUGGAGAUAUUCCAACUUUGGCCUCGGAUCCUAACUCAGCUGCUCAGUGGGUUAACUCCAAUGUUUUGCCUUUCUACCCUGCUAGCAACAUCAUUCUUAUCACUGUCGGCAAUGAGGUUUUGACUACAAAUGACCCGAACCUGAUAAACCAGCUUCUGCCGGCGCUGCAAAAUGUCCAAAAUGCCCUUAACGCGGCCUCGCUCGGUGGAAAGAUCAAGGUCUCAACGGUUCAUUCAAUGGCGGUGUUGUAUCAGUCGGACCCACCAUCUUCCGGGUUGUUUAUCCCGAGUUAUCAACCGGCAUUGAACGGCUUACUUCAGUUCCAGAAAGACAAUGGAUCCCCUUUUGCUAUUAAUCCGUACCCAUUUUUCGCUUAUCAAAGUGACCCGAUACCUGAAACGCUUGCCUUCUGCUUGUUUCAACCUAACGCGGGACGAGUUGACUCGGGAAACGGGAUCAAGUACAUGAACAUGUUCGAUGCACAGGUCGAUGCAGUGCAUUCUGCCUUGAGUGCUAUGGGGUUCAAGGAUGUUGAGAUUAUGGUUGCUGAGACAGGAUGGCCAUAUAGCGGGGACAGUAAUGAAGUUGGACCUAGCAUCGAGAAUGCCAAAGCCUAUAAUGGGAAUUUGAUUGCACAUCUGAGAUCAAUGGUUGGGACUCCAUUGAUGCCUGGAAAAUCUGUGGAUACAUACCUCUUUGCACUUUACGAUGAGGACUUGAAACCAGGUCCUGGUUCUGAACGAGCAUUUGGACUUUUCAGGUCUGACCUUUCAAUGAUAUACGAUGUUGGGAUUUCAAAGAGUGAUCAGACUCCAUCGUCUCCACAAAAUCCAGUGACUCCACAACCAAUACCAACUGCAAAUUGUUGGUGUGUGACUGUUUCUAGUUCAGGUAAAGCUUCCGGUUCUUAUGGAUUAAAUGUUUCAAUUAAGCCUAUUACGAAUGGUUCACUUACUAUAGUGGCAAGAUUAGGAGAUAUUCAAGUUAAUCCCUCAUUUGUUCUAAAAAAUGUUCAUCAGAAUGGAGUGACAGAGAGAAAAAACAGCCAUUUACUAGUCACAACCCGAGCUUUUCUUUUUCAAGCAAAUUCAUAA